AUGCUUUCUGGACAGAACACUUUACCGGAGGGGUCGACUGUGGUACCAAUUAUAUGCGCGUCGGAUGGCACACAUUUGACAAAUUUCAGUGGGGACAAGAAAGCCUGGCCAAUCUAUCUUACCAUCGGGAACAUCAAGUCAUCGGUCCGGAGCAAGCCCACCGGGCAUUCGUUAAUUCUCCUAGGGCUACUGCCAGUCCCACCUAAGCUCGGGAAGAACUCACUCGCUAAUUCCGCUUUACGACGUCAGAGUCAAAUGGCGCUGCAUCGCGCCCUUGGGGAGAUCUUUCAGAGCAUUCGGGAGUGCUCUCAGGAAGGCGAGCUAAUCGCAUGCGCCGACGGGUACGAACGUCUAUGCUUUCCGGUGUUGUCGGGUUGGAUCGCUGAUCAACCUGAGCAUUCAAACUUACAAAAUAUUAGUACUAGCUCUUGUCCAAGAUGCGAGGUGGAAUUCCACAGUCUUGGGAGCACUCGCCGGAGCCCUACGCGCGAUCACGAGGAUUACCGGGAGAGGGUAAAGCUAUUCAGGGAGAACCCGGGAAACCUGGGACCGGUGGAAUACCUUGUCGCGAGAUCAGUAAAGACACUCUUCAAUGCUUUCUGGGGUAUGCCGAGGGUUAAUCCAUACGAUCUCAACAAACCGGACAUUCUGCACAAUAUCUACCUAGGGAUGUUGAAGCACAUGAUGGAGUGGGUUCAGGCUUUCUUGAAGAAGCACAAUCGAUUGGAGGAAUUUGACAAGGCUUGGGCCUCGAUUGCGCCUUACCCUGGACUGACAGUACCGAACAAGGCAUAUCGUGCCACAACCCAAUGGCAAGGGAAGGAGAUGAGAAAUCUGGGGCGGGUCGUUCUUGGAGCACUCGCGGAUGCUUUGAGAAACCCGGGGUGGCUGUCAGGGGCGACUUCGCAAAGGCAUUGA